UAUAAGCUAAACAAGCUAUAGCUAGGGCCCCACUCUCUUGGGGGCCCCCAAAAAAUUUGAAGGAGAAAAAAAAACCCUGGAUGUACAUUUCCAAAAUAUAAUAAAAAUAAAAAUAAAACCUACAUAUAGCAGCAGUGGCAAAUGGCUUUAGAUACCCAUUAGGUCCAUAAAUUACUAUAUAGCAUAUAGUGUGCAUGCACACGAAAGCUCAUACCAAAAUAAAAACUUAGUUGGUCUUUAAGGUGCUACUGAAGGAAUUUUUUUAUUUUACAAAAAACAGCGACAAUUUGUUGUUGACAGAGGACAGCUGGACAUAUAAAGGGCCCCAUUACCUUCAGUAGUUUAGGGCUUCAUCAAACCUAAAUCCGGCGCUGGCUGGAAGCUAGCAUGAAGCAAGCAGCAGCCUCGCUUGGGUGCUUCAAGAAACAAAGUCUUCAGGCGUUUUGGGUCUCCAAGGAAUGUGUCCGGGAAAGGAAAGGCGUCUGCUUUGCGUGCAGAAGGUCCCCGCUUCCCUUCCCAGUGGCAUCUCACAGAAAACUCACGGGAGAGCCUCCGCUGCCAGUCAGGGUAGACAGUGCUGCUGAGCUCGCUGGACCAAGGCAUAUGGCAGCUUCCUAACGGCGUCUUUGUAAUACUGUGUCUGCUUGAUGCAGAGUUAGCUCAGCCGGAGAGCAUAAAGCAGAUUUUUAAAAAUGCUCUUUCGUAGGAUGUGUUUCAGUAGGAGAUACAGAAUGAUAUACAAGCACACCUUGGGAGUUAUGGCGGGUUUGGUUGCAGGCCACUGCAGUCAGUGUUCGAAACACCCAUGGUUCUGGCGCAUUUUGCGACAGGGAAUCUCAUUAGCACAAGCAAUUUCUGAGCUGUGCCUAAGGUUUCAGAUUUAAACUGCAGAGUGGAAGGAAAGGAGGAGCUUUUUCUGCCUCCCCACUUGCUGCUGCUGCUCUGAAGACUGCAGAAAAGACCCUCUUAAGAAUGUUAGGGGGGUGGGCAGAGGAAGGACUAGACCAUGUGAAAAAUGAACAUAAUAUUUUAGCUGCAGUUCAUUCAUUUUCAGCUUUCUAUUCUUGUUAUAAAAAAGCACACAUACACAUUUCCUCAUUGCGCCCAUAACCUGGGUUUAAGGUGCCAUUUAGCUCCUAGCUUUCACAUCUCAGUUUCUAACCCUGACUGCAAUAAGUCACACACAUUUUUUUGUUUCCCAGUGAAAGUUACGUUUACACACUACUGUAGUCUAUUAAGCCAGGCCCUCCUGACUGCAGGGGCAGGAGGGGUAAAAACCUGACUCCAGCAGCUCUAUUCCUGUGGCCAGAAGAGGGGCCGGGGGCAAGUGGCUUCCUUCCUCUGGAAGCUGCAAGGUCUCGGGGGCAGGGUGGGUCCCAUGUUGACCCUGCCAUGAACUCGCUGGUAGGUGGCAGAGGUUCAGGUUGGCUACCAUUUCAAGCUCAAACACUCCCUAGCCAUCUAGGGUAAAUUAUUGAGCUACCGUAGAUUGUUGUACAAGUUAUUGGGUUGUAUCCAAACUUAGUCCUCAGAAUCGCCUGAAUGAAAUUGAUAGGCAUGAAAUUGAUAGGCGUGUCAUUAAUUUCAAUAGGUCCAUUUGGAGUUGGGCUAACAUUGCAUACAGCCUGCUGAGAUAACACGUGAAAAACUCUGAAUACAGAAGAAGAGCCUGUUGAAUCAGGCCACUUGCCUAUCUUGUUCACCAUCCUGUUCUCAAAGAGGCUGACUAGAUGACUGUGGGAAGCCUGCAGACUGGACAUAAGCACAAUAGUACUUUGGCACCUGCAAUUCCCAUAAACUGGUAUCCAUAGGCAUACUGCCUCUGACAGUGGAGGUAGAACCUAGCUGCCGUGGCUACUAGCUGCCUUUAAUUUAUCUAAUCCUCUUUUAAAGCCAUCCAGCUUGGUCGCUAUCACUGCCUCCUCUGGGAGAGAGCUCCAUCGUUCUAUCUGGUUGGCCACCGUGAGAACAGGGUUCUCAGAGUUGGUGGGUGCCUCUGAUGUUCCAGCCAAUCUGGAAGCCAGGGGGACUGUUGCUCAGGAAGCAGCCCACCCCAACCUGGAAAGUGACAACAGGAGAGCUGUAGCUGGGAUGUCUCUCUCGCCGAAGAUGCUGCCAUGCAAGAAGAGAAGAGCCAUCAUGGCAGAUUCGGAGGAGGAGGAGGAGGAGGAGGAUAUGCAGCCUGUUCCAAUGGAGACCACUGCCUCAGGUGGGAUCAACCAGCUCUGUGGCCUGGUGCCACAAGGGCAGGGCAAUGCUGCUUUGAUUGAAGGGAGAGGUCCCUACAGCCUGCCUGCCAACACACCUGUCUGUUCAUCUCCCCCUACUUUGCCUACACCUCUGUCUUUCUUGGGAGGCGCUGGCAGUGAAGCAGCGAAAAGCAUUGUGCUUCCAUCUAGAGACGCCAUGCAGAAAGGCUGGCCGGAAUUGUCCGAGGCCUCUUUGAGGGGUGGGAUGGUCCUGGCUAAGGCAGAGCCGGAUCUCUGCCCAGAGCGAACCAGAGAGCUCCAGGAUGCAAAGACCUCUCCAUCACCUGAGCUGCUCCUGGAUAAGGAGCAGAAGCCCAAGUCAGAAGCUGCUACCAUUUCUCUGAAGCCAGAGCCUGAAUGGGACAUGGGGUAUCCUCCCCUGAAAGCCCCAAAGGCCACACAGGAAGCCGAAUUGCUCCAGGAAGUCAAGGAGGAAGCUGAGGAAACGGGGCUGUUCAUCCCAGUAGAAGAGCGAGAAGGAGGGAAGAGAAAGCGGAGGAAAGCGACUAAACGGAAGCGGGAAGGGAAAUGCCAGGAGGAGGAGGAAGGGCCCUUGGCUUGCGACCUCAAGCUGGAUGACACGCUUGACCGGACUUUGGAAGACGGGGCGAAGCAGCACAACCUGACAGCUGUCAAUGUGCGAAACAUCCUCCACGAAGUGAUAACAAACGAGCAUGUCGUUGCCAUGAUGAAAGCAGCCAUCAGUGAGACGGAGGACAUCCCCAUGUUCGAGCCAAAAAUGACUCGCUCCAAACUGAAGGAGGUGGUGGAGAAAGGAGUGGUUAUUCCAACGUGGAAUAUUUCUCCAAUCAAAAAGGCGAAUGAAAUCAAGCCCCCUCAGUUUGUGGAUAUCCCCCUCGAGGAAGAUGAUUCCUCUGAUGAAGAGUACCAGCCGGAGGAGGAAGAGGAGGAUGAGACAGCAGAGGAGAGCUUGAUGGAGAGUGAUGUGGAAAGCACUAACUCGUCGCCACGGGGAGCCAAGCGGUCUCGUUCGAGGCGGUCCUCCGAUAUGAUAGAGACUGACGAGGAGGCAGCAAUGCCAACGGAAGCGGAGAAAGCCUCCACUGCCCCACUUCAGCGGCACAUCAGCGCUGAAGUCGUCCCGAUGGGCCCCCCGCCGCCCCCCAAACCCAAGCAGAACAAGGACAGCACCUUCAUGGAGAAGCUCCACGCGGUGGAUGAGGAGCUGGCCUCCAGCCCAGUGUGUAUGGACGCCUUCCAGCCUCUGGAGGACAGCUUGAUCGCCUUGCGCACCCGGUCGAAGAGGCCCCUGAAGGACGUGCCCCUCGGCCAGUUGGAAGCUGAGCUCCGUGCCCCAGACAUCACCCCGGACAUGUACGACCCCAACACGGCAGACGACGAGGAGUGGAAGAGUUGGCUGGGUGGCCUCAUGAACGACGAUGUGGGAAAUGAAGAUGAGGCUGACGACGACGACGACCCCGAGUACAACUUCCUGGAGGAUCUUGACGAGCCAGACACGGAGGACUUCAGGAACGACCGUGCCGUGAGGAUCACGAAGAAAGAAGUUAAUGAGCUGAUGGAGGAGCUGUUUGAGACGUUUCAGGAUGAGAUGGGCUUCUCCAACGUAGAGGAUGAAGGGCCAGAGGACGAGGACAGUGCUGCAGAGGCCCGGCCAAAUUUUAACACUCCGCAGGUGCUCAGGUUUGAGGAGCCCCUGGCCAACUUGCUGAAUGAGCAGCACCGGACGGUCAAGGAGCAGCUGGAGCAGCUGCGCAUGAAAAAGUCAGCCGCCAAGCUGCCCCAGGAAGCGGAGAGGCUGAAGCUCCGUGAGAAGCCGGUCCAAACCCUGGUGCUGGACGCCGGGCAGAAGAAGAGGCUGCAGCAGCAGAUGCAACAGCACGUGCAGCUCUUGACCCAGGUCCACCUUCUCAGCAGCUGCAACCCCAGCUUGAGCUCGGAGGCCAGCACCACACGGCUCUUUCUGACCGAGCUGGAUACUUUCGCUCAGAGCUCCGCCGUCCUCCGCCAGCCCUUGGGGCACAAAUUCCAGACCACGUUUCAGCCAUGCAACUUGAAGGAUGCCUUGCAGCUCAUCAAGGACUUCGACUCACACAUUAAGAUCGAAUGGAGCCCCCGCAAAGCAGUGAAGAAGAAUGUGAGCGACUUUGCUUGCCUGCCGAAGCAGGUUGCGUGGGUUCUGGCUACACGCAGGGUCUUCAUGUACCCAGAGUUGCUGCCCAUCUGCUCCUUAAAGGCCAAGUUGCCCCGGGACAAGAUUAUCUUCACGAAAGGGGAAGACAAUUUGUUAGCCUUGGGACUGAAGCACUUCGAAGGGACGGAGUUCCCCAAACCUCUGAUCAGCAGGUACCUCCUGAUGACCAAGACAGCCCACCAGCUGACCGUGCGGAUCAAGAACCUCAAUAUGACCAGGGUCCCUGACAACAUCAUCAAAUACUAUAAGACGACGAAGCAAUUGCCUAGCCUGCCGAAGCUUUGUGACGAGAUCCAGCCUUGUGAAUGGAAACCCCCCGUGGAACAAGAGGAGCACCGUUUGCCCUUCUGGUUGAAGGCCAGCUUGCCAUCCAUCCAAGAGGCGCUGGAGCAAAGCGCUGGAUCGGCGUCCAGCUUCCUCGGCUCCAAUCCUGACCUGGGUAAAGCGGGGAUUGAUCCCGCGGAGACCGUGAGAGAUGAGAAAUACCCCCUGCGCAUGCCCGAGGGUUUGCAGCUGAUCCUGAGGCCCCUCAACAGCCGCUUCUGCCGGAAGGCCUGGAGGUGGCAGAGACCGGCGGCCGCCAAGCCCCUCCCUGUCCGGCCAGGCCUUUGCGUGCUUCCCGCCGGCACCAACCACUACCUGAAGGUGGGUGCCCGGCAGCCUCAGCCGGAAGCCCCUCCCAGCAAGCCUCCAGGGCGCGUCCCCCGCCUGAUACAGCCUGCUCCGCUGGUGCAGCCCUUGCAGCACUUGAGCCUGCUUCCAGAUGCAGGGAGUGGUGCCGGCUUUGACCUCCAGGGGGUGCUCUCCGCUCCGCCCCAUUCCGGCUCCAGGGCCUGUUUGACUGCCGCUCUGCCCCAGAACUUGGUCUCCUCCCUGCCGGUCGCCUUCCAGACCAAGAUGAUCCCCCCAGCGCUGCCUGUGACGAGGGUCCGGAAGCCCAGCGCCCCCAGGGGCUACCAGAAGAAGAAGAGCCCCAAAGCCGCCCCCCUGUUCAAGCCCGCUCCCCUCCUGCACCCGGCCCCGGUCAUCUUCACCGUCCCGGCCGGUGCCGUGAAAGUGGUUGGCAUCGCCAACGGCUGCAACGUCCUGCACCCUUUAGCAGCGAGCGCCGCAGGCGGCGCUGCCCAGCCCAUCCCCAUCACCACCUUGCUGGUCAACCCCAACCCUUUCCCAUGCCCUCUGAGCCAGCCGCUAGCAACCCCUCCAGCACCGUCGCUGGUGGUGACGUCAAAUGCCACCAGCUCCCCUGUCCCCACGUCCGCCAAGGAUUCUGCGUUUGUGAACCUGCCUGUCGGCAGAAUCGCAUCCCCAGAGCAGCGAGAGCCAUCGCCGAUUGUCUCCACCGGUGAAGACAGCAGCCGGUUGUUGUCCGAUGCUGUCCGUAGGGUCCAAGAAGAGACUCCUGUCGAAGGGUGCCGUGAGCCGAGCGAAGGGAAGUCUGCUGAUCUGGGGCCCCCGGGGCCCUUCUCCACUUUGCUCGAGAUGGGGGAGACUGUGAAGGUUGAAACAGAAAAACCCAGAGACCCCCCUCGAGUGGCAUCCCCCGUUCCGGAGGAGCUGAGCUCCGCAGGCAGCCCAGUCAGAGAGGAGCUGGUGUUGUUGGAACUGGGGCAAGAACUGGAUGUGGAGCCCACACCGGAGGGUGCCGCUGAGCAGAAGGAAACGCACGGCAAGCCGGGCUCCCGCCAGGACGAGGAGAGAGGCCAAGGCGAUGGCCUGCAGAGCGCAGCCAGCGUGGCGGAAAACAACAGCACCAGUUCUCCCGAGAACGCCUGCAGCUCUGCUGCCGGGGGGUCCGAUUCCGGGGGUACUUUGGAGAAGGAUCUGCCCACUGCAGGCGGCCGUGCCAUUGGGGGGAUUCCCGCCAGGCAAGAGGCGUCGGCAGGCGAGAAAGAAGGGCCAGAGGAGGAGGAGGAAGAGGACUUCGAUGAUUUCACUCAAGAUGAGGAAGAUGAGGAAAUGUCGUCCGCCUCGGAGGAGUCUGUCCUCUCUGUACCAGAGCUGCAGGAGACGAUGGAGAAGUUGACGUGGCUGGCCUCUGAGAGGCGCCUGAGCCAGGAGGGCGAAUCAGAGGAGGAGAAUUCCCAGGAGGAGAACUCGGAGCCGGAGGAGGAGGAAGAAGAGGAGGAAGAGGAAGGCGAAGGGGAAGGGGAGAACUUGGAAAGCUUGCAGAAAGAGGAUGAAAUGGCCGAUGAGGUCGCAGACCCCAGGGAUGGGCCGGCAGAGUCUCUUGCCCUCACUUCUGCUGCCCCGGAGGUAGAGCCCAGCAGGGAUGCCCCAGGAGAGAGCACCAAAGCACCAGGCAAAAGCCGCGGCUCCCACCGAGCGCGAGCGAAGAGAGGCCGGGCUCGUGCCAGCAAAGACACCUCCAAGCUGCUGCUCCUCUACGACGAAGACAUUCUGGAGAGGGACCCCUUGCGGGAGCAGAAGGACUUGGCCUUUGCCCAGGCUUACCUGAGCAGGGUGCGCGAGGCCUUGCGGAACGUCCCCGGCAAGUACGAGGAGUUCCUGCACAUCAUCUAUGAGUUCGAGAGCAACGCCCAGAAGCAGACGGCUGUCGACCUCUAUGCGGGACUGCGCAACCUGCUAAGGGAGUGGCCGCAAUUGCUCACCGACUUUGCCGCUUUCCUCUUGCCCGAGCAGGCCCUGGAGUGCGGGCUGUUUGAGGAGCAACAGGCUUUUGAGAAGAGCAGGAAGUUCCUUAGGCAACUGGAGAUCUGCUUCGCGGAAAACCCUUCCCACCACCAGAAGAUCAUCAAAGUGCUGCAGGGCUGUGCAGAGUGCCUGCCCCAGGAGAUAAUCGAGCUGAAGACCCAGAUGUGGCAGCUGCUGAAGGGGCACGACCACCUGCAGGAUGAGUUCUCUGUCUUCUUCGACCACUUGCGCCCGUCAGCCAACCGCCUGGGAGAUUUUGAGGAAAUCAAUUGGACUGAAGAGAAAGAGUAUGAGUUUGAUGGAUUUGAAGAGGUGUCCUUGCCAGAUGUGGAGGAGGAAGAAGACCCCCCCAAAAUCCACGCGACUGCAAAAAAUAAGAAGAGGAAGGACCAUGGGGGGCAGAAUAUUGACAAGGAGCCGGAGUGGGCCGAGGGGGCCAAGGAGUGCUGCUGCUCCUGCCACGAGGGGAGCGGUGACCUCAGGCUGAAGAGGAGCAAGCGAAGAACGUGCAGCCACUGCAGCAGCAGCAGCAGCCACAAGGCAGGAGAUGGCAAGGCCUACAGGAACAAAGAUCCCCAGGAGCUCACCGACAGCCUCGUCCAGCGCGAAGUGAGCCCUCGCCCCGAAGGGAAGGAGCCUGCGGAAGAGAGUCUGGAGCAGAGAGAGGACGGGGAGCCUCCCCAGAGCAGGAUGAGGACAGGCGCCAGGAGAGCAGACUCCACAGCAGGAGGUUCUCGCACGGAAGGAAAACUGCCUUUGCCCAAGGAGACCCCUACGGAAGGGGGUGCGCUGCCAGGACCUCCCUGCCUCCCCAAAGCCAGCGAUCCUGCCAAGCCGCUCCCUCCUAGUACUGCUGUCUCUUCCAUACUGCAGGUGCAGAGGGGCGCCCCACCGAAACUCCACCGACCCAAAAGUGGCUCUUGCCAUAUAGGAGGAGAGAGCGACGCAGGACUCGGCCCGAGGAGUGGGGAAGCUUCUUCAAGCGUUUCGGGGGGCGAGACUCCUCCAGGAGCAUCGGGUGUUGCCGCUAGCCCAUGUGUCAACCCUCCUCUGGCCAAGAGUUGGCCACAGAAGCCUGCCGUUCAGUCCGGCCCCUCACGGGGGACAGCUUCUGCUGCUGCUCGAGUGUGUCUCAAGGACAAGGAAUUGGACAGGUUGCCAUCGUCUCUGGAUACAAACCCCAAAGGAAGGGAUCUUUGCGGGUCACACUCCAAGGACCUCACGCCGCCGAAAGCAGAAGCGGCAAACUGUGGCUCUCGGACUCCAGCAGUGGCCUCUGGAGUUUGCAGCCCUCUGGCUACUGAGAAGAAAGGAAAUGCCACGGAGACAGUGUGUGCCAGUGACCGCUCGGAGCUGCCAGCUGCAGGCGGUGGGGAGCGGGCCGCUUUGCUGCGGGGAGAUGAGCUGCACCAGAGAGUGGCCGAAGCGACUGUGUGCGCUAAGAACAUCAGGGUCAGCUCCACCGGGGAGAAGGUUGUCUUGUGGACCAGAGAGGCUGACCGGGUCAUUCUGACCACCUGCCAGGAGCGAGGAGCUCACCCAGACACAUUCAGUGCCAUUUCGCAGCAGCUGUGCAACAAAACGGCAGAGGAGGUAGCCCAUCGGUUCAGGGAACUGAUGACUUUAUUUCACACGGCUUGUGAUGUCAGCUCAGAGGACGAAGAAGAUGGAAUGAGCACCAGCAACACUGACCAGCUUUCUGACAAGGACCCAAUCCUCUCUGAGGAAGAGCAGGAGGAGCAAGGCUUUUGAAAGCGUGAGCCAGUACUACUACUGAAGAGGAAUGGAGAUGGUUUGCAUUUGGCUCCUGAGGACUCCAUCUGACACCCCACCCCCACCCCCCGCAUCAAGCUUGAAGUCACUUUGAAAGAUUCCCCCUUCCCUAAAAAAAAGGGGGGGUCCUGCGGUGUGUUGGAAGUCAUGUAGGCUGCACUCAUUCUUGGAUAAUGGCUGGUGUAAAUAUUUUAAAUAGUAGGAAAAAUAUGUACAUUCUCUCUUUGUGCUGCUUCUGAGUGAAUAUUUAUUGUGGCAGUUGUAUUUUAAGGAAUAAAAAGUCAUUCCUGUUGUAGGAGAUGAAGAGCACCUUCUGAUCUCUGUG